CAGUAUAUAUUACCCUCUUAAGAACCACAAACAUAUCACAAACACUUGAGAAAACAGAUUGACACAUUUGUGCAAAUGGAGUUACAAAUGAUUUCUGAUGUUGUGGGAAUCCUGAAAGAUGCCUACAAAAUCUUCUGCAAAAAUGUUAAACUCAUGCUCUCGGUCGCUCUACUCUCUCUAUCCUUCAACUCUGUCAUUUACUUGUCCAACAUCUUCUCCACUACGCCGUUGAUCAGUGAUUUGUUCAGUAAACAAAGCUUGCUAAUUACCACAACUCCCGGUAGCCCUGAAUUUGCCUCCCUACUCCUAAGUAUUAAAGAAGACAUCCGAAUCUUCGUUGGAGUUGAGUGGAUUUUCCUCAUUAUCAAUUUCAUCUCUGCCAUAUUCAUUACCACAGUCAUAAUCUUUGCGUCGGCCUUUACUCAUAACGGGAAGGCCUUGUCCUUCAAGGAAUUGUUGUUGAAAACAUUGAAAGCAUGGAAAAGGCCAUUGGUGACUUGGUUUUACGUGAAUCUUCUUGCUUCUGGUUUCUUAAUCAUUUUCAUUAUAAUUCUGAUUCCUGUAUUCCUAGUCAUGGAUAGUCCAUUUAAACCAUCUAUUGUUUCGAUCGUGCUUAUCGUUCUAGUCACGGUUCUUUACACAUACCUAGCUGUGGUGUGGACAUUAGCACUGGUGGUUUCAGUACUUGAAGACAAGUGUGGGAUUGAGGCACUUGGGAAGGCUGCACAGCUUAUUAAGGGAAUGAAGUUAGAAGGGUUUCUUCUAAACCUUCUCUUCACAAUCCUGAACUCUGGUUUGUUACAGGGUAUGAGGUUUAUUCCUGGCAAGCACCCGUUUAUUGUCGGAUUGAUCAUAGUGAACUUUAUUGGUCUUCUUAGGAUGUUUUGGUUGAUGACAUAUACUGUGUUGUACUAUGACUCCAAGAAAACACAUGGAGAAGGUGUUGAGUUUCAGGGAAGCUUAGAUUAUGUUAAAGUGCCUACGACACCCCUCAUUGCAGACGACAUGGCCUGAUCUUCGCAAUCGGAAUUAUAUAUAGUUUUGUGUUUGACAAUAUAUGCUUGAAUUGUGUCUUUCUUUGUUUUGUUUGUGUAAUAAGUUUCCAAUCCAUGUAAUAUUCCAACAUCCCAUGUUUGUAUUCAAGAUCAAGAGUUGAUUUCAUGAUGUUAUUUUCUGAUGAUAUAACAAAGGUUAUCAUUUGAAA